CUUCAUUCUUCAUUCUUCAUUCUUUAUAAUUAUAUAGUUGUCGCUCUCUUCCAGGCAUUCGGUUGCCACGGCGCAUGUAAUGCGUCUGUUCCUGCCCUUCAAACACCGACACUAAACCAGUAUUUGUACCAAACCACGUCGACAUCCCAGAUUGUCACGCCACCAACGAUAACAGCGACCACAUAAAUCGUCAGACUUUCAGCCCCAACGACAGCAUAUUCCUCCGCGCUCGUGGAAGGAUAUCGUGAUUGAUGCAAUGACAUAUUCCACCAUCAAUACGUCCGACGCCCAGAGCCCUAUGGAUAACCCCCAGGUUGGAGGGGGGAGACGGCAGUGGCCUAAAAGGACAUACAAAGAUGCGGCUUUUUCGGGCCAGGCGUCGUGGAUGAGCAGCAACAUCAACUUGGUAAAUACGAUUAUCGGCGCUGGAACGUUGGCAAUGCCCCUCGCGAUGGCACAUAUGGGUAUCCUCCUUGGAACAAUCGUCAUCAUAUGGUCUGCAAUGACUGCUUCAUUCGGCCUUUACCUACAAUCUCGAUGUGCACGCUACCUUGAACGUGGCCAUGCAUCAUUCUUCGCCCUCUCUCAGAUGACUUAUCCAAGUGCAGCAGUUAUUUUCGACGGCGCAAUAGCCAUAAAGUGUUUUGGUGUUGGAGUCAGCUACCUCAUCAUUAUUGGAGACUUGAUGCCCGGAGUUGUUAAAGGAUUCAAUCCAUCAGCGGCAAACGUACCAUUUCUGGUUGACCGUCAAUUUUGGAUAACAGUCUUUAUGCUGGUCGUGAUACCUCUAUCUUUCCUCCGGCGCCUGGAUUCACUGAAGUAUACGAGCGUUGUUGCUCUCAUCUCCAUUGGAUAUCUGGUCAUCCUGGUCGUAUAUCACUUUGCAAAGGGGGACACUAUGGCAGAUCGAGGACCAAUUCGCGUUGUGCAGUGGGAAAGUGCGAUUGCGGCGUUCAGUAGUCUGCCUGUGAUUGUUUUCGCCUAUACGUGCCAUCAGAAUAUGUUCUCCAUUGUGAACGAGAUUAAAGACAACUCCCCUCGCACUAUCAAGAGCGUCAUCGGCGCGAGUAUCGGGUCUGCUUGUUCUACUUAUAUUGUAGUCGCAAUCACCGGGUAUCUGUCAUUCGGCAGUGAUGUUGCCGGGAAUAUUGUCGGAAUGUACGUCCCUAAUGUUGCCUCUACAAUUGCAAAGGCUGCGAUAGUCGUCCUCGUUAUAUUUUCAUUCCCACUUCAAGUCCAUCCCUGCAGGGCAUCUGUUGUUGCCGUACUUAAAUGGCGUCCUGCCAGAUGGACAAAGUCGAGAGAAACAAGCGUAUCGCCUUCGAGGGCUGCACCACUACUUCCAGGGUCUACUGGCCACUCUGGCCGUGCUGAGGUCAUUGGCGACGUCAAGUUUGCUGCCAUCACGACCGUGAUUGUGGUCCUCAGCUAUAUUGUAGCUAUGUCUGUGUCGUCAUUGGACACCGUCCUUGCUUAUGUGGGGGCCACUGGCAGUACCAGCAUCAGCUUUAUUCUGCCCGGUAUCUUUUACUACAAGAUUUCUUCGCCUGAUUCCAUUCACCACCAGAGACUUGCAAAGGAUGACGAGGAUAGUGCUUCGGCCACGAACGGACUAUUUGAGGAGAGUGGCGCAGUUAGGAAGGCUUCUCACAAGGAAGCAAUUAUCCGCUAUUUGGCAUUGGGUUUGGUCAUCUACGGUUUCAUCGUCAUGGCGACUUGCCUGACUACUAAUACUUAUUUCUUGAUAACGCAUUGAAUUUAACUUGGUUUUAUGCUGGGUUGAGGGGUAGUCUAGCGACAGCAUUGUGUUGGGGUUGGCGUUUGUUUGGGGUUCUAAACAGAUUGGCUAGAUAGAGUUCGUUAUUGGGGUUCACGAGGCAUGAUAUAUAGAUGGGAAUCAUAAGAUUGUACAUAAAAUUACAUAGAGGUCGAUUACACAACAGUCCUCUUGGACUGCAAAUACAGAU